UCAGGACAAACACGCCCACAAACACACACACACACACCCACCCACAAACACUCACACACCCACACACAACCCACCAGAGCUGCUUUUAUUUUUAACCGGCCCCAGGAAUGGACACCGACAGCGAAGCAGCCCCCAUGCAGGCACCCAGAGGAAAGGGCCGUGUGUCGGGUCCGGGCAGGCAUGAUAUGCUCGAUGGCGAAGCUUUGGAGAAUCCAGACACUGACAUUGGCUUUUGUGGCUGGCUGUUGGUGGGGUUCUCCCUCCUGCUCAUGCUGCUUACCCUUCCCAUCUCCAUAUGGAUGUGCAUUAAGAUCGUGAAGGAGUAUGAACGAGCAAUUAUCUUUCGCCUGGGCCGCAUUUUGCGAGGAGGAGCCAAAGGACCAGGGUUGUUCUUCAUCCUGCCCUGCACUGACAGCUUCAUUAACGUGGACAUGCGCACAAUCACCUUCGAUAUCCCACCACAAGAGGUUUUGACCAAAGACUCUGUGACUGUGAGUGUGGAUGGUGUGGUGUACUACCGGGUCCAGAAUGCCACUCUGGCCGUGGCUAACAUCACCAAUGCUGACGCCGCCACCCGACUGCUCGCCCAGACCACGCUGAGGAACGUCCUGGGAACCAAGAACCUGGCGGAGAUCCUGUCUGACCGUGAAGAGAUCGCACACAGCAUGCAGGUGAUCGCGGCGGAGGGAGAGAUGAACGCCUCCCGGGCUCUGAAGGAAGCCUCCCUGGUGAUCGCAGAGUCUCCGUCUGGCCUGCAGCUGCGCUACCUUCAGACCCUCAGCACCAUCGCCGCCGAGAAGAACUCCACCAUCAUCUUCCCGCUGCCAAUGGAGAUGAUGCAGGCCUUCAUGAAACGCUGAGGAGUCUUUGUGCUCGUCGGUCAUACUCGCACAUCAUUCACACAUAUUUAAGGCCUCUAUCCAGUUCAGGAAGUUGGGUUUUUUUUCUGAGGAAGCUCCAAGCUUUCCUCAAAAGAUCCACACUUGUGACCGAACCCUCUUUGCAAGAGUUUAAUUGCCAAUUAAACACACCACAAAGCCUAUAGUCGACCGCCAGCACACACACAGGUGUAGUUCCACCUCUCUGGUGAUUAGUAACCAGGACCAUUCUCAAGCCUGUGGGUCUUAGGUGAUUUGGCUCCAAACCGCCAUUUCUGCAGAAAAUUAUUCUUUUAGAUCUGUGAAAGAUCUUCAGCAGAUGAGUGGAAGUUAAAAAAAUUGAAAUGUAACUUGUGUCACACGUUGGCUCAGAUCUGACCAAAGCAGAUGCGUCGCUGUACAGUAUUUUAAAAGGGUUAUUGUGAACGACCCGACCCACAGCAGGUGGAUUAGCUUUUAUCCUGCAGGUUCCCCUGACUGUCAAAACAGAGGCAGGAAGUACAAAUCUUUCAUCAUCUCUGUUCUCAAACUCUUUAAAGGAAAGUGCCAGCUGGAUGUGGAGCCUUACAACUGUGCACACACACACACACACACACACACACACACACACACACACACACACAUAUACACAACCCUUGUAUUUAUUUAACUAAUAUCCCCUGUUGACAUGGCACUACUACAACCACUGCCAGUUUCUUCGUGCCAUUAGUAUUUUCCCAAUAUCCAUCUGAGGGCUCUAAUGGCUUUACUGCCAAUCCUCAGAAACCUACCUCUGGUUUUAGGCUGUUCCCUGUGCCAUGACAUGUUUUCACUGAAUUUCAAAGUAAAAUGGUUCAAACACGAACCUGUACUUUAUUUAUUCCAGAAAAUGUUUAGGCUUCAACCAGGAGAGUGUUGUGAAUACAGUAUAUGUAUGAAUGCAUGAACACACUCAACUGUUUGAAUUGAGAAGCAUCAAAUACUAGUUUUAAUAAGUAUUAGAAAUCUAUUAAAUGAGUUUAGAAAGGAUCGGCCAGCGAUAUAGAAAUAGAACUGCAGGAACACACGCCAUCACUGUCAUCUCCCAUUACAAACUGAAGACCCGGCUGAUGGGUCACAUAGAGUCCUACUGGUUUUCAGGCUUGAUGUUGCUGCCUGUCAUAUGUUUACAGUUCACUUUCUAUUCAUACACAGUAUAUGUAACGUUCAGGUUGCUGGACAAAAUACAACAAACACUUCAUAUUUACAUAAAUUUUCAUCUUCGUCAGCCACAUGCGUAUUCCAACCCCCCCCCCCCCCCCCCCUCACAGGCUUCAGUCUGCUCAGGAUGAAGCAGCAACUGACAUUUAAUGCAAAUCUUUCAGCCAAAGGCCUUAACUUACUGCCAUCGCUUCAUUUUACAGUCUAAAAUCUCACUUCUAUGCACUGAGACGAGAACACUAUGAUUUUAUGACUGCAUGUUUGUUUUUUAAACAGCAGCAUCUUGUCUCUUUCCUUCUGUCCGGGUGCAACAAGCCAAGUAAUAUGCAGAUCUUAUAUGCUUCCUCCUUCUGACCUAUAGAUAACAGAAGGGUUGUGAAUGUACAUUGCCGUGUUUAGUCCAUGUCUCACUUAGUAGUGUUACCAUAUAUAUACAUAUAUAAAUGCAUUCAAGUUAAGUUUGUUAUAUUGUUCAGGGCUCAACAUUAACACUUGUCCACUUGUCCAGGACGAGCGUAUUUCUUAAUUCUUUAAUUUUUUAGAGGAGAAUAUUGUACGUGUCUUACUGGACAAGUUAAAAGAAACAAACAAUGAUAAAUACCUGGUGUCAUAAGGUUUUGUGCGACUCAUUACUCAGUUUUAAAUUAACAUCUGUUACAUUCAGAAUAUAGAUUUCAAAUAGGUUCUGUUGAAAAAGCAGUAAAUUAUCAAAUAAUCUUCGUUGAAUCAGAUGGAAAGAUCGUUAAAAGAAGUAAUAGCUCGAGAUUCCAUAAAACUGAAUGAUGAAAUGAAUCACCUUUAAGAGUAUAAAUGUGACUCAACAUUUUAGAGAACAUAUUUACACAAAGAUUAUUAACAAAUUGGCAACUGAACAAUGUUUUAAUAAACGUCCCUCAAACAUCAUAUUCACCUGAUUUCAACUGUCUAGGUCCAAAGUUUGUCCAGAAGAGACGAGUGCCUCGUGUUAAUGUGGAGCCCUGGUUUGCUGUGACUUGUUUGAGGUUUAAAGUUUGUCUCAGCUUGACCCAUGUUUAAUGUGCAUUGAUCUGUUUCAUUUAUUCAUCUAUUUCUUGUGGAAUACAAAAGCCUGUUAGUGUUUUACUAAAGUAAGUUCUGUCUGUUCAAUUUAUUGCUGCAACAGAGACAAAUUAUUAAACCACAGCUACGUAGCAUAUUAACUUUAUAUUUAUGAUGAUUUUAAGUUGUUACUGGUCCGGUUCACUCGCAGCACGACCAUGAAGCAGCUUCUCUUCUUCUGUCUCUGACUUCUCAUCUCUUUUGUGUUUUUUUAAUAAAAGUUUAUCCAUGUAGCUUCCAUGUAACAAGGUAUCCACAGAAAAAAAUACAAGAGAAAGAACCAAAAAACAAUGCUCAUGUUUGCUGUGGUUUUUGUUGCCUCAGAUUAGAUUCACCUUAAGGUUCCUCUUGACAUAUCUGGUAAUAAACAAUGAUUUUAUACUCGAUCAUAAAAA